CCGGAACGUUACCACACUUAUCCCCUCCUUUCCCGUAAUCAAUGGCCUCCCUGAUUUCCAAAUCUUUCAUGGCUUCCUCCUAUUACUCAAACAUCUGUUGUUCUUCUUCUCCUCCUUCUGCGUCUAUUCCCAAAUUACCCUCUUCCACCUGCUUCCCAUCGUCUAUCUACCCCCUUGAAUCAUGUGGCUACAACGGAAUUUCACUCCAAAGACCUCCAUUCGAUUCUAGAACGUAUGCCAAGUUUGACAAGUUUGAAGGACAAUCUUCAAAUGACGAAUUUGAGGAAAUCUCAUCAGCUUCGCUUCAACAAGAAGUAGAAGAAGAAGGUGACAGUUGCUUGCCUUCUGAUUUGGAGGGUGCAGUUCGACAAUCAAGUGAAGCAACUGCUGCUUUUGUGUCUGCAGGAGGGAUGAGAGCCAUUGUGGAGCUUUUGAUUCCACAGUUGCAGUUUCUUGAUGAUGAAGGUGCUCAGGCUGAACUCUGGGAACUAUCUAGAAUUUUUGUGGAUGCACUCAUCCAGGAAACUGGAUGUCAGAGAGUCAAAGCAAUAUUUCCAGAUGCUGGUGCUGCUGCUCUUUUGAAGUAUAGAUGGAAUGAUGCCACUUUCAGUUUCGCUAGCUUAAGUGACCGAAAGCCUGUGGAGAAAGAAGAUGAAAUUAUUGUGAUGGUAGUGCCAGAUUAUCAGAUGUUGGAUUAUGUAGAGAGAAUAGCAUCCGAUUUAUCAGAUGAUCCGCCACGACCUCUCAUCAUGUGGAACCCACGUCUUAUUAGUGAGGAUGUUGGAGUAGGAUUCAAUGUUCGGAAGUUGAGAAGAUACUUCUUAAGAUCUUUUACAACGGUUUACUCAAUGAAGCCUCUACCUACGGGCGCUGUAUUUAGAUGCUAUCCCGGAUUAUGGAAGGUGUUCUUUGACGACAAGGAUAGACCAAAUCGUUAUCUACUAGCCAGGGAAAUGAUAAGUCGUCCUGUCUCAGAAGACCUUGAGAUAAUAUUUGGAGAAGGUGGAGAUGAUACGGAGGAGGGCCCGUCAUUUUUUGGUCAAGCCGUAGGAAUUUUCAAAUCAAUCAAUAGAUUCAUGAAAGUUAUCUCCAAGUGAAGUAAUCAAUCAAAUUGUUGCUUAUGAUUGUUCUCUUUCACAUUUUUAUUAUGUUUUAUCCGGGUUUUGUACACCUCUAUCAUUAGAAUUGAUCAAAGCUUCAUGAGACACACAACAUAAGCAUGGAUGGAAAUUGGUUUUGAUUAUUAAACAACCUAGUUUCCUA